AUGUCGAACUUAUUCUCUGGAAUUAGCGGUCGUUUCAGGGGCGGUGGUAAGAAUGGCGGGUCAAAGAGCCCAGGACCACCUAGUGGCGUAUCACCAACAUCACCAACAGGCACUUCCCAAAGCGGUUCUUCGUCCACGAGUCUCGCGCCAAGAGUUCCUCCAUUGCCAAACUCUCCAUCGCUCUCUCAAACCCUGUCGAUGAACGAGUCAACUGGUAGUCUCCCCGGCUCUGAAGCCCUUGCUAAGUACAACUUGCCUCAACCGAAGCCUCUGUGGUUGAACGAUGCCUACUCCAAGCACAUCGUCAAGGGCAACUUCAUGACUCUGUCGGCCAGACCAAAAACUGUCGAGCAAGGAGAAUGGGUUGCGCACCAAGUCGUUGAGCAUUACCGAAUUCUGUGGAACUUCGUUCGGGUUGUCCAUGACAAGGAGGAGGAUGGCACUACGAUCUGCAACAUCCAAACUUGCCCUCGCAUGUCAGCUGGCGCUAAUCACUCUUUCACCUGGUUGAACUCUCGCCGAGAGCCAGUUGAGGUCCCUGCCCACGAGUACAUCUCUCUCAUGCAACGAUGGAUCUCCGGCAAGAUCGAGAACACCAACAUCUUCCCAACCGAUCCCGCUAGCAUUUCCUUCGCGAACAACGUCGGCAACCCUGAUAUCGCAGCUGCUACCUACGCCUCCGGUGGUCUCAACACCCCUGGCUCCAACACUCCUAUCCCUGCUGGUCCAACCAACUUGAACACCUCCCUGUCCCAACUAUCAGGUCCCGGCGAUUGGAUUGGCAAGAGCAGUGGCUUCCCCGUUGACUUCGUUGAUGUUUGCCAAACCAUCUUCCGUCAAAUGUUCCGAGUUUAUUCUCACCUGUACUGGGCCCACUUCAUCGAUCCAUUCUACCAUGUCAACCUCGACAGACAAAUGAACAGCUGCUUCAGCCACUUCGUCCUGACCGCCACCGAGAUUGAUAUGCUGAAGCCGCACGAGUUGGAGCCAAUGCAACCAUUGAUUGAUCUUUGGGCUGCUAAUGGAACAUUGCCCCAAGAGUCUAAGGCUUACAACUGCGCAAACCUUAAGGCUGGCCAAUAUUUGAUGUCUAUUUCUGGCACCAAGCAAUAA